ACGACUCUACGUACAUUCCUUCUCUAUCACCCUAAAGAAAAAAAAGAAAGAAAAAAAAAAUCUCAUUUCCCUCUUCCAAUUCGCAGUUCCUUCCUUUCUGCGCAUUGCGCAACACAUCCAGCGAAACCAAAACCAAAUGCACACAUUUGCCUUUUAGCGCCCCCGCUCUGCCUCUUCUUCUCUUUUGCUUUGCUUUGAUUUCUGUGAUUUCCGUCCGCAAAUCCAAGCUAUUCCUCUAGGUUUUUGCAUUCGAUCAUCAUUCUUCCUCGCGUUUCUAGAUCUGAUCGCCAACCCCGCUCUUCCCGAAUUCCCCCGCUCGCCGCCGGCGCAGAUCUCGAUCUCUCCCGCUCCGGUAACUUUACUCUCGGUCUGCUUCUUUGCCGCAUUGUGUUUGGCUUGGGUGAGAACGAUAUGGAUUCUGGAGGUCAAUUUUGCUUUUGUGUGCGUUUGUUCUGUUUGGAUUGCAGGAAUAUACUCUGCUUUCUUUCCUAGCGAGGAAUCGGAUUCCAGGAGGGGAAUUUUUUUUCUUUCUAUGUUCGUGUUUGGAUUCGAAUUUUCUCCUCCUUGUGAGUGCUUUUUAUUUUUGGUCGGCGAUUUCUUUUUCUGUUUGCUGUUUGUCUCUUCUGGUUUUCUGAUUUUCGUGUUUCCGGUUUUUCUGUUCGCGAAGCGGUGAUAAACAGAUCUUGAAAGUUGGCUCCGCAAAAGCGAUCGCAGCGCCACAUGGGUGGCCAUAUGCAGCAGACCAAUGCUGCAGCGGCUACGGCGUUCUACGAUCACGGCGGCGGCGGGGCUCUGCAGAAUGCGGCCGGUACAAACGAUGCCGGCGAUGCUGUCAUGGCGCGGUGGCUGCAGUCGGCCGGCCUGCAGCAUCUGGCAUCUCCCUUGGCUUCCUCCGGCAUCGAUCAACGCGCGCUGCCUAAUCUCCUAAUGCAGGGUUAUGGAGCUCAAUCUGCCGAAGAGAAGCAGAGGCUUUUUAAGCUAAUGAGAAAUCUUAAUUUCAAUGGAGAAUCUGGCUCUGAUCCUUACACACCGACUGCACAAGCUUCAACUGCUACAGCAUCAGAUGGGUUUUAUUCCCCUGACUUCAGGGGGGAUUUUGGAGCUGGCCUUUUGGACCUUCACGCAAUGGAUGAUACUGAGCUUCUGUCUGAGCAUGUUAUGACAGAACCUUUUGACACAUCACCAAUCAUGCCUGAUAUUGGCCAAGGGUUCGAGAAUGAACUCAACAUGGCUAGUCGUAGGUAUCAAAGUGAGCAAACUGAUGCAGAACCAUCAGUAUCACUCCCUGUCAGUGAAAAAGAAAACAGUGGGAGGGAAAGUAACGUGGCUAAGAUUAAAGUUGUGGUGCGUAAAAGACCACUAAACAAAAAGGAGCUUGCUAAGAAAGAGGAUGACGUUGUGUCUGUUGCAGACAAUUCCUUGACUGUCCACGAACCCAAACUAAAGGUGGACUUGACAGCAUAUGUGGAGAAGCAUGAAUUCUGUUUUGAUGCUGUUCUUGAUGAGGAUGUUAACAAUGAUAAGGUGUACCGGGAAACCGUCGAGCCCAUAAUUCCCACAAUAUUCGAGAAGACGAAAGCUACUUGUUUUGCAUAUGGCCAAACAGGUAGUGGAAAGACUUACACGAUGCAACCUUUGCCUCUUAGAGCUGCUCAAGACAUGGUUAGAUUACUGUAUCAGCCAGUUUACCGGUCCCAGAGGUUCAAAUUGUGGCUCAGUUAUUUUGAAAUUUAUGGAGGGAAGCUCUAUGAUCUUCUUUCUGAAAGAAAGAAGCUCUGUAUGAGAGAAGAUGGCAGACAACAGGUUUGCAUUGUUGGUCUACAAGAAUUCGAGGUCUUGGAUGUGCAAAUAGUCAAGGAGUACAUUGAGAAGGGAAAUGCUUCAAGAAGCACAGGAUCGACAGGUGCCAAUGAGGAAUCUUCAAGAUCACAUGCUAUAUUGCAACUUGCUAUCAAGAAGCAUAAAGAGGUAAAAGAAACUAGAAGGAACACCAACAACAACAUUGAUGUUAAUGAUCCAAAAAAUGGAAAGUUGGUUGGCAAAAUCUCGUUUAUCGAUCUUGCUGGUAGUGAACGAGGAGCAGACACCACAGAUAAUGACAGACAGACACGGAUUGAAGGUGCAGAAAUUAACAAGAGCCUUCUGGCUCUUAAAGAGUGCAUUCGUGCACUCGACAAUGAACAGAUCCAUAUACCUUUCCGUGGGAGCAAGCUCACGGAAGUACUUCGCGAUUCCUUUGUUGGUAACUCGAGGACAGUUAUGAUCUCGUGUAUUUCUCCAAAUGCUGGUUCCUGUGAACACACGUUGAAUACACUGAGAUAUGCUGAUAGGGUCAAAAGCCUUUCCAAAAGUGGCAAUACGAAAAAGGAUCAACCUGUAAAUUCAUCGACUAACAAGGACAUGCCAUCAGCAUCAUCUUUGGCUGUUCCCACAGACACAGACGACAUGUUUGAACAAAGAGAAGAGGCAAAACCGGUGGAUAUGUUGAGAAGACACAUAGAGAAAGAAGAUCAUGAUAGGCAGCCGUCGAGUUUCCCUUCAAGUUAUAACUUCAAUGGCCGACAGCAAGAAAGUGGAUCAACUUCCAGCUUAACUGACCGGGAGAGGAUUGAAUUUAACAAUUCCUCCGGCGGUCAACCAAAUGCAAAAAGCUAUACAUCAUACUCCCAGCCCCCAGCCGAACCUGAAGAAAAAGUGCAGAAGGUAUCACCGCCUCGUAGAAAAGGACCCUCGAGGGAGGAGAAGGCCGACAAGUCUACAAAUUGGGGGAAGAAAGAUAGCGGUGGUACAUCUGAUGUUGUACCUACCACUGUAAAUUCCAAGAAAGAUAGCAGUAGUACAGCAAACCUCCCCACAAUUGGACGAAGACAUCGAGAAUCUGAUCCUUCUUCAGAUGGGAGUAUCAAUGCUAUACUCGAGGAAGAAGAGGCUCUAAUUGCUGCACAUAGGAAAGAGAUUGAGGAUACAAUGGAGAUCGUGCGUGAGGAAAUGAAGCUUUUGGCAGAAGUUGACCAGCCAGGCAGCCUCAUAGACAAUUACGUAACUCAGCUGAGCUUCGUUCUCUCGCGUAAGGCCGCCGGCCUGGUUAGCCUCCAAGCUCGCCUCGCUAGGUUCCAGCAUCGGCUGAAGGAGCAGGAGAUCCUCAGUCGCAAACGAGUUCCUCGCUAGAGACGCAGUACCCUGUUUGGUGUGUGAUCUUAAUUCUUGGCUCUUGUAAGUUCCAUCAAGUACAUAUACAAUCCCGAGCUCCAACACCACUUUCUUUAUUCCCCCCACAUUCUCUUUUUGGCUUAAUCAACACUUCAAUUUUGCAGGAGCGGACUCGGAGCAUUGCUUGCGGUGCUUACUCGGGUAAUCUAGCGCGCGGGCAGCAGGAAUGGCGUGGUGUUCCUUUUGUUGGUGGGAUGGUUGUGGUUGAAAAUGUAUCAUUCAGAAUAGGCUGGAUGCUGGCGUUGUUGCUAAGUUGGUUUUUUGUUUUUCUGGGUUUCGUCGUCUUGGGAUGUUUGAAGGGUGAAUGAAAAGGGGAACGAAAGAAGGGUGGAAAACACAGAAACAGUGGAUUCUUGUGUAGGCAAAGUGAAAUGAAAAAGGAAAAGAAAAUUGCUCAAUAGGU